AUGACAUCUCCAAACCUUUCGCUGGCUGAGAAGCUUCGCGCGUACUCCACAUGCGACGUGUCAGGCGCGUUGCUCAAAGUGGGCGUUCCUCAUGGCGGUUUUCUUCCCAACUUGAGCAUGUGGUCACCUCUCAGACAAGAAGGCGACAAAAAGCUCAUCGGACCGGCAUACACUGUCAAGUUUGUUCGCAACACUCAGACCAAUGCACCAAAGCUCAAGGAGCAUUACAUUGAUACUAUCCCAAAAGAUCAUGUAGUCUUCAUCUCGGCGCCUCAUGGCAUCUUCAACGCUGUGUAUGGUGGUUUGAUGAGUACCCGUGCCAAGUAUUCUGGAGCUGUCGGCACGGUUGUCGACGGUACUUUUCGAGAUUUGCAGGAUCAUCGCAAAUUAGACUACCAAGUAUUUGCUCGCAAUGUCGGUACGCCGAGCUUUUAUGAGGUUGCUCGCCCCAGUGAGGUUAAUGUGCCUGUGAAGUUGCAGGAUCCUGCUCUUGAUGCCACGAUAAACCCUGGGGAUAUCAUAUUUGGAGAUUUAAAUGGCGUUGUCUGCGUGCCGAAGGAACUUCUCCCAAAGAUCGUUGAGAUUUUGCCAGCACAGGUUGAGGCUGACGAUAAUAUGGCGCGGGAUAUUGCUCAGGGCAAGACAUUUACUGAUGCAAAGAAAAAGUAUCGCUGA